GUUGCCGCUUCCGCUUUACAGAGAAAUAAACAUGGCGUCAAAACGUGGAAUAGAUUCGCAAGUUCAAAUUGUUCAGAUAGAUGGACUGGUUGUGUUGAAAAUGAUCAAACACAGCCAUGAGGAGGGUGCUGGCGGUACAGACUUGGUGCAGGGAGUUUUGCUUGGACUUGUUGUGGAUAACAGGCUAGAGAUUACUAACUGCUUUCCAUUUCCUAAACAUAAUGAAGAUGAAGACUUUGAUUCAGUUUCUGUGCAGUAUCAGAUGGAGAUGAUGAGGAAUUUGCGCCAUGUUAAUGUGGAUCAUCUGCAUGUAGGAUGGUACCAAAGCACUUAUUUUGGUUCAUUCAUCAAUCGUGCUCUGCUUGAUUCUCAGUUUAAUUAUCAACACUCAAUUGAAGAAUCUGUAGUCUUGAUUUAUGACCCUCUCAGGACGAGUCAAGGGUUUUUGACCCUGAAAGCUUAUCGUCUUACUCCUGCUAUGAUGAAAUUUUAUAAAGAAAAUGACUUUACACCUGAAAAUAUGUCGAAACACAACAUAAACUUUGAAAGCAUGUUUGAAGAGAUACCCAUUGUCUUGAGAAAUUCCCAUCUAGUCAAUGCUCUUCUAUGUGAGCUGUCAGAUAAAACAAGAAAGGAACAGAAGUUUUCAGCCCUUGAUCUUGGAACUAGUUCCAUGCUUGAAAAGAAUCUACGACAGCUUAUGGAAUGUGUGGAUGAUGUUGCUAUGGACACCAACAAAUACUUGAAUUUCCAACGCAACAAUUUUAGGCAACAACAAGCUAAACAGCAAUAUAUAAUGAAGAGAGAACAAGAAAAUCUUCAAAGAAAACAGAGAGGUGAGCCAGCUCUUCCAGAAGAGGAUAUAAACAAAUUGUUCAAACCUCUUCCUACACCUCAGCGUUUGGACUGCACACUGGUUGCUGGUCAGAUGGACAGUUACUGUAAACAAGUGUGUGAAUUUGCUUCACAGAGUUUAGGGAAAAUGUUUAUGGCAGAAACUGUACAGUCAGCAGAAAGUAGUUAGUGCAGCAAAAGUAGAGCCAUCUUCUCCUCCUGGGUCUUCUCAGUUUUUAAUUCAAAUCAAACCUGUAAAAAUUGUUUUGGGAAUAAAGAACAAUCUUCAGAUCAAUUACUUUGUUCUAAAGCUAUGAUGAGAUCACCAAAAAGUAAAAUAUUUAUUAUAAGAUG